GUGUCCCAGACUCCUAGUAAUAUUUUUUACUGAUAAAACUGACUGUAUUCACCAUGCUGCGUUCAAAUAGCAUCCGCCGAAUAUCGCUGGCAAGUUUGGGCGAAAUAUUUACCUUAGGCAGAAGGAUGUCAGGUGUAAAGGACCUGUACUCCUUCCUGGAGGAGGCAGAGUUACUGCAGUAUUACAGCGCCUUCACCGACACCCUGAAGGUCAGUAACCUCUCACAGCUCAAGUACGUGGAGGAUGACGACCUGGCCGCCAUCGGACUCACCAAACCUGAAAUGAGGCGCUUCAAGAAGUUCUAUGACAAGGAGUGUCCGAAGGGAUUUACUGGCAAACUUAGGAAGAGUAUUCUGAGAACCCAUUCCAAGAGAGAAGUGUCCCACAAAAAUAAGAUGCCCACAUCUCCUAAGGCGGAUGUCACAGCUAAAGCAGGGAAGUACAUCAUCCCUGCUGAGGCCAUCAGUAUACAGAAGGAAAUUGGUACAGGAGAGUUUGGGGUGGUACAGCAGGGAAUAUGGACCAACGAAGCUGGAGAAAGAGUUCAAGUUGCUCUGAAGUGCCUGAGUAAAGAACAGAUCCAGGCCGGCCAGUCAGACUUCCUGAAAGAGGCAUCCAUCAUGCACAGUCUGGACCACGAGUCCCUGGUCAGGCUGUAUGGGGUGGUGCUCGACUAUGACAACUCCUUCAUGUUGGUAACUGAACUGGCCCCUCUGAGAUCCCUCCUGGAGUGUUUGAAGGAACCCUCACUCAGACCAAACUUCCCUGUCAUCACACUGUGUGAGUUUGCACUACAAGUGGCCAAGGGGAUGAAGUACCUGGAGGACAACAGGCUCAUACACAGGGACCUGGCUGCAAGGAACAUCCUGGUCUUCAGUAGAGACAAGGUAAAGAUAAGUGACUUUGGCUUGUCAAGAGCCCUGGGAGUAGGGAAGGACUACUACCAAACAAACUUCAAUGUCAAUCUCAAGUUGCCUUUAGCAUGGUGUGCCCCUGAGUCUAUCAACUAUCUGAAGUUCACGUCAGCCAGUGAUGUUUGGGGUUUUGGUGUGACGCUAUGGGAGAUGUUCUGUUAUGGGUUUCAGCCAUGGGCAGCACUGACUGGUGCACAGAUCCUGGAAGCCGUUGAUGCACCCAACUGCCAGCGCCUAGAGAAGCCUGACUUCUGCCCAGAGAAGUACUACGAACUCAUGAGACAGUGUUGGGAACACGAACCUGCCAAGAGGCCCAAGUUCUGUGACAUCGUAGACAUCCUGCCCACAAUGAAGCCCCAACAGUUGCGAGCUGCCACAGACCACCAGGCCAGCAGACCAGACUUUCUCUGUUUCCAAGCUGGAGAAAUCAUAACGGUGCUAGAAAAGGGGCCAGAAAUGUGGAAAGGAUCCUUGCACAAUGGGAAGGUGGGACUGUUCAGCCCUGCUAAUACAGCACCUUACGACCACAACUCGCCCAGCAAAGUCAAGGUCUAUAAGAGAAGUUUCACAAGAUCAGGCAUCAAUGAUGUUACAGUUGCAUUUGACCCUUUACACAGCAUGCUCGCGUCCAUUAGGGCCGGCACCAGUAAACGGGGUGCCGUAGGGAAAGAAGGUUCCCUGACAAUCACCAGGGAUAUGAUCAGUGGACCUAUGGGGGACUUUAAGCACACCAUGCACAUAGGACUGAGAGGACAACAGGAUGCCUUUGGUGACACUUCAUUUAUCAAGGACAAAUAUCAUCUUCUUCCAGUCAAGAGUGCAUCAUACCAAGCAGCAUCACAACAAAAUGGUCAUUCCUCAGCUAUGUCCACCCCAGACCAGUCACCGGAAAAGGCCGGACCUCCCAAACCACCUCGCUUGCACCUCUCUGAAGGUGACAAGUUUGAUGGACGGACUUCUCCCAUUGGCCAGUCUUCCUCGUCUCCCAGCAAGUCGCAGGACUCUCUGGAUCGUGCCUUGUCAGGGGACGUGGUCAACUCAGAUGUGUCGGAUCACGAGUAUCUGGACCUGGAAGGUGAUGGCGGAGGGGAGGCCAACGGGAAGGAUGACUUUAACCUGGACCUUGGCCCAUCUCUCCUGGAUGAUGUGCUGAAAAUCAUGGAGACUGGAGGAGAAGAGGAGAAAGCUGCACCCCCUCCCAGUCCGGAGAAAAAAGACAAGAAGGUUCCCUCAUCCAUCCCUGUCCCAACCAGCUCUGCAAGGACAUACCGAAGAACAGCAAGCACCGAGUCUUCCAGCAGUGUUUCCAGUGGCCCAAGGUCACCAACAAAAUCGGUGUCAUCUCUCACGUCUCAGACAAUAGAGGAGGGCAAAGUAACAAAAGGUACGGACAAUGCCCAGAGAAGUCCUAAAUCUCCCACAGACUUUGUUGCAUUAAAACUAUGUGAAACGAUCUCCCCCGACGGGAAAAAGGCAUAUGAUGCAUUGGUUGGGGGUGUGUCCACUGACUCCAUAGCAGAGGCAAGGGAGAGGUCGCGGGUGGCAUAUCAGGAGGAGACCAAGGUGUGGGAGGAAAGGAUUAGGGGUGCUUCUGAUAGGUCUUCCCAAGAGGACAGCAACUCCAGUCCAUCCAUAGGCCGCUUAAGGUCCUUGGACAGUCCACUCCUUUCCAGGCCAGUCCCAGAAGAGCCAGAUGAAACAACAUCCACAGAGUCCGGCGAUUCCUUGUCCAACCCAGUGCCGCUUCCACCCAGAGUGCCUAUCCAGACCAACUGGCCCAAACCACGUCGAAGGACAAGAAAGUCCACAGCAUCCUCCACAUCCAGUGACAAGAGUUACUACAACCCAGGCACAGGGAGUACUUCAUCACUACAACAUGCCUCUUCUCUUCCCGAGAUGCCUUCUCCAACAACACCAAGGUCACCUGUGUAUCCCAGCAACAACCGCAGUCGCACCAAUAGCGAAGUCAACUCACCUUUUAAAGGUAACGACAAUGUCUUCCUUACCACGUCGCCUGAGGGGACUAUCACCUUUAAGAACUAUGUCCCAGAAGGAGAGAAGAAGGAAGCUGCACCAGAGCCUGCCAAGAAGCUUCCCGAGGACCCAUUCCUUAGACAAAAGAUGUUUAUGGCCGAUCCCUUCUUUGCUAUGGGUAAACCCAGGAGUAAACGUGAGACCGCUGACUCCAGACUGAAGAAGAGCCAACAGAACAGCAGCUCCUCCAGUGCCAUCUCCAUCGAUAACACCAGCUACGACGAACUGUCGGACUGCUCAUCCAACCCGCCCGCGGCGGAGUCCGCAAACGAGGCACCACCAUCGCGUAGGUACCAUCGUUCUCCGGGAAAUGCCAGCUCUGCCACAGACACAUCAGAAACAGAUGAAGGUUACAUGGACAUGACCGGCAAGCCGUUGUCACAUCACAGAAAUGGUAAUAAAGACCGCGAGAAAGACAUUCCUCGACGUAGACCCCUUCGAUGGGAGAUAGUUGAGAUGCAGAGAGUGGUGGGGGAGCAGGUUUCCACUGAGGAUUGCCGUAUGGCGUUACGUGAGAUGAGAUAUGAUGUGGACAAGGCCAUCAAGUUCAUCAAACUCCAACAGCUGGUCAACAUGGACGAGGGCGACUUCAAGUACGCCAAGCAGACUCUCAUAUACUGCAACUGGGAUGUAGAUAAGGCCGCCAACUUCCUGCUAGUCCACAAUCAAUCCCGUGGGAAAUCCACAGACCUGUAACAAUGGUGAUAUGUUUAGAAGUGACCAUUCACUCCAAUAUCCCUGUGUUACAGAGUUUGUGUACAAACACAGUGUACCAAUAUAUAGCAAGUUCUGGUGAAGAUAGUUGUUUGCAGACUGUUACAUAGAUAGGUUUGAAUCAGUCAUUUCAGCUUCCAGUAUAGUUUUCCAAGUUUUCAAGCUCAGUCAGCAAAAUAUUUACAGUAACGUUUUUAAAAAUAGGUACUGAAUUUUGUAGGACCACAUCAAAUGUUGUCUUCAAUGAACAAAUUAUGUACAGAACUCUUGUGUAACAAAGCAGUUCCCUGUAUAUUUUGUAAAGCUAAUGCUAAUUAUAUUUAGUUUCUUUGCAUAUAGUGGUUUGUGUAGAAUUCCGCUAUGUAGUUCUCAUAGUAUAUAUGAUAUUAUCUAUACAAGCAAGUUGCUAAUGUAAUUUUUAUAUUUUCUGCAAAUGUCAAAACCUGUAGUUGACUUGUUGUAAUAGUUGUUUGAUGUAGCUGUAGACCUGGACAACAAGGUAACAAACAUGUUUUACACGAACAACAGCAGCUGCCUUAUUGAAACUAAGAAUGAUAAGCAUUCUAGACAUCAAGAAGUGAGAUGUAAAGUUAUUCAGGAUGAAAAGCUUGCGUCUUGGUAGUUUAGAAACAUGCCUGGAGUCCUACAUGUAUUGCUUCCAAACUGUGAAACAGGCCUUUUUGAAGUGUUGCAAAAUGGAAAAUUAACCAUGUUCAGUUUUUUUAAACCCUUGUGAAACCCCAGAAUUCUGGAAGAAUGAAAUACACAAUGUUUGUAUCUGGAACCAAUAAAUUUGGGUAAAUUUGCAUAAAACGAAAAAAGAAAAUAUACUGUUGUUAAAGAUUCAAAAUAGCAAAGUUCAGAUAGAAGUAAAAAUCUUUCUUUCACAGUUUCAGCUUUUUUUGGUGUUGUUGCGAAAAGUAUAAAAAGUAAACAUUCCACAUGAAUAUUAACUUUAAACAAUAUGUUUGUGUUAUGAAUUAAGCACUUGUGGUAUGCAUUUGAAAGGUAACAGUUUACACUUCCAAAAACUGUUUCCUGCAUUUCUAGUGCCUGUGUUGAGUUCAGAAAAAUGUUACAACAGGUAUAUACAUGUAUAUGCUAGUGUCAUGACCUAAGUAAGUUGCAAUUCAAGUAGUUUGUGCCUCAUACAUUGUAGAGUGUUCGUUUAUGUUGAUGUUUUAAUG